AUGCAUCGCCAGCAGAAAAUCACCGUCUGCACUAUCCUCGGCUUGGGUGUCCUGGGCAGCAUCUGCUCUAUCGUGCGUCUCGCCUACGUGGACGUCAUCGGCGUAAUGCUUGAGGAUCUCCUGGUGUCUGCCCCAAACUACGCCAUCGUCUCCAUCAUCGAACUCGGUCUUGGAAUCACCGCCGGCUGUCUCGCAACCCUUCGCCCUCUCUUCGCCGCCUGGUUCGACAAGGCACGCACAAACAUGUCCUCCUCUCGCAGCCAAAACACCAAGUCCACACCUGUUGGCUUGAGCAACAACAAAGGCAUCUCUGGCUCGUAUGUGACUUCUGGCCAUAACUUGGGCCACAAAGACGAUGGUGUGGUUACUGUGACCAGAGAGUUGCAGAUUUACACGAAUCGACCUAGCAACGUUGGCGAUGCGCUAGAGAUGCAUGCAUUUGGUCCUGCGGAAGGACAUCAGACACGUUCUGGUCAUCGAUCACGGAGUCAAUCUAGCGAAGAAUCUUUGCUCGAGGUUGUAUAA